GACGAAUACACUGUGUUCGCUGCAGGUUUGGAAACAGAAUCUUUGGGCCGAUCUGGAACAGGGACAGCGUGGCCUGUGUCGUCCUCACCUUUAAGGAACCCUUUGGCACCCAAGGUCGAGGAGGCUACUUUGAUGAUUUUGGCAUCAUCCGAGAUGUCAUGCAGAACCAUUUGCUCCAGAUGCUCUCCCUAGUUGCCAUGGAGAAACCAGCUUCCACCAGCUCUGACGAUGUCAGGGAUGAAAAGGUGAAGGUGCUGAAGUGUAUUGCUCCACCAACCAUGUCGGAUGUUGUGCUGGGUCAGUACGUGGGGGAUCCAGAGGGUGAAGGAGAUGCCAAACUGGGUUAUCUGGAUGAUCCCACAGUACCUAAAGGAUCAACUCAAGCCACAUUUGCCACCACUGUGCUCUACGUACACAAUGAACGCUGGGAUGGCGUUCCUUUCAUCCUUCGCUGUGGCAAAGCACUGAAUGAGAGAAAGGCCGAGGUGCGGCUGCAGUUCACCGACGUCCCCGGAGACAUUUUUGGAACUCAGUGUCGCAGGAAUGAGCUUGUGGUACGCGUGCAGCCCAACGAGGCUGUGUAUGCCAAGAUGAUGAGCAAGAAACCUGGCGUGUACUUCAGCCCGGAAGAAACGGAGCUGGAUCUCACCUACAAGAGCAGAUACAAGGACGUGAAGCUUCCCGAUGCUUAUGAGCGUCUCAUCCUGGAUGUCUUCUGCGGGAGCCAAAUGCACUUUGUACGCAGUGAUGAACUGAGGGAAGCAUGGAGGAUCUUCACUCCUCUCCUUCAUCAAAUAGAGAAAGAGAAGCCGAAGCCAAUUCCUUACAAUUAUGGAAGCCGUGGCCCUCAAGAAGCAGAUGACCUCGUGCAGAAAGUUGGAUUUCGUUACGAAGGCACUUACAAAUGGGUGAACCCUCACAGACUUUGAAUUGCGAUGAUAUGAGGGAUGAGUGGAGGUAGGAUGGUAGGAGGGGUGCAGUAGGGCGAGUGGUUAGAUAUUUUCCAGUACAGGAUCAUCUUUGAGAAACAAGGCUUUUCCACGAUGUGGAUCUAUCAUGCCGCAAAGACAGAAAAUCUCAGGUAUUGCAGUUAUUCCAUAAGGCCUGGUCAAACUUUCACUAGACAUUUGUGAGUUGAUUGUGUUUUCAUGGGCUUGUACCACAGUUACGGUGGUAGUUUUCAUACAUUCACAGCAGUUUUCAGCUUUAAUUAGAGAUGGGAUCAAGUCUGUGAAAAAACAGAACGAUCAAGGAUUUUUGGGAACAAAUUAUUCUGCUAAGUGGAACUCCUUAUUCCUGUCUUCAGUGAUUAGAUCAGAUAUCCAAACCACAAGAACAAAACGCUGCAAGCUAAGUGUUGUCCACAUAGUGUCAACCAACGGACACAGAAAAUGAAGAAUAGGAACAAAUGUCCGCUAGCUGUCGCUCUUAAAUCACCACAAUUUUAAUGCCAUUCUGCUUUUGAUUGCAUUGUUUGCAUUUCUACUUUUGCUGCUGUUUUUCGCCUCCUCUGUGUGGGACCAAGGACAUCAUGGUGGUUUUAAAAAUAAACAGAUUAGUUUCCACGAGGCGAUUUUCUUCAAAGCGUUUAUACUGCGAGUCUUAACUGUCUUCACGGACGAGCAAAGCAGGCUCCUUUUUAGUUUCUGCACUUUGAGCUUCAUUCCCUUUUUGUUUACAUUUUCCAGAUUUAUUUAAGUUGCUGACAUUGAUUCCAUAUUUCAAAAUCCAGACGACAGUGGUGUGUACCACAGGUCAGCAGUGAAUGUCUGUUUUUAUGCAUUGUAUACCGCACACUCAUGUAAAGCUAGCGACAUUUCCACAAGUUGUAAUAAACUAGUUUUGCUUGUUA